AUGUUUAGAGCAGGUAGCAAGAUAAGGGUGCAAAGCAUUGCCAGUCGCUAUGCCCAAUCAGUUCGUUUUGCUUCUUUCAAAUUAGCAGAAAUUCCAACCCUUGAAGCUCUCGCUGCAGAACAAUCGGGUUUUAGUGGAUUAUUUUCCAAGCAAGUACUUCAAGAAUUAUGGUUCAAAAGAGGUCAUGAUUUGACUACCCAGGUGAAUACCCAUUUGAACGAAUUGGAUACCUCCUCAUUUGAUGAAAGUGGUUUCAAUCUUAAGGAAGUCAUAUCUAGUACCACCAACAAACCACAAUUCUAUGAUCUUCACAAAGCUGCAUCAUAUUUAUAUAAUUUACAAUUCUUUUUUGAAAACAUUAAACCAGUUCAACAAGUCAGACCUGGAAACGAAGUCGCCAAAGUAGGUUCUGGUGCAAUUUUGGAAACUCCACGAGAUACUUUUGCUAAUAUUCCAAAAGAUGAAGAAUUUGUAGCUUGGAUUACUGAUAGUUUUGGAUCCGUUGAUGAAUUCCGUACCCUUUUGUUAAAUUCAGGUAGAGGUAUUAAAGGGGAUGGUACUGUUUGGUUGGCUGCUGUCAGUGGUGUGUCCCAAGAUUUCACUUUGGGUAUGGAUCCAAGUAGAGUGAAAUAUCAAAAUUUGGCAGUUGUUAAUACUUAUAAUGGAGGUAUUUUAAAUGACGGUGAUAGAGCUGGUCAAAUGAAAAGAAUGAAAUCUUUAAUGGAAAUGAGAAAAGCCAAAGAGGCAAAGGAAAAUAAAACUACAGAAGAAGUAGCUGAAAUUUCUUCUAUAGAUGAAGAACUUAAACAAUUAAGUUUGGGUAAUGUAGAAGAUGCUGAAUAUGAAGUUGCUUUCCAUAAUAAAUCUUUGCUCCCUCUUUUAGCUAUUGAUGUUUCUCCAAGCGCUUAUUUACUCGACUAUGGUGUUUAUGGUAAGGAUAGAUAUUUAGAAAAUGCUUGGGAAUGUAUUGAUUGGGAUGUUGUUAUUAGUAGAAUGCCAGCUAGACAUAAACAAGCUCUUGACUUAUUCUAG